UUUCAUCUUCUCUAAGAAAUGCUCCACGCCCCAUUUUCAAAUCUUCAAUUCACACCUUCAAAUACCCGAAAAUCCAUGCAACCCCACAUUCCCAUUCCAUUCCAUGCCCAUGGAAAGUACCAACCUCACCAUCUUCAUCUUCCUUCCGUUUUUCCUCCUUUUCAACUCCCUUACUGCUCAAAACCUCCAAACUUACAUAGUCCAGCUCCACCCACACCUAAUUUCUACUCCUCCCUCUUCCUCCUACACCACCCUUCAAUGGCAUCUCUCUUUCCUGGAGAGGACCAUCCUCUCUGAAGACGGUGACCCGUCUUCCCGCCUCCUCUACUCUUACCACUCUGCCAUCCAUGGCUUCGCCGCUCGCCUCUCUGAUAGUGAACUUUUGGCACUGAAGGGCAUGCGUGGCGUGGUUGCCGUCCGCCCUGACCGGCGCCUCCAGAUACACACGACUUACUCAUACAAGUUCUUGGGUCUUCGUUUCACAGGCAAUGAAGCUUGGGCCCGUUCGGAUUUUGGCCGGGGGAUGAUAAUUGGAGUCCUUGACACUGGAGUCUGGCCCGAGAGCCCGAGCUUCAAUGAUCACCGGAUGCCUCCAGUGCCCAAGAGGUGGAGCGGGAUUUGUGAGGAAGGGCAGAACUUCAACUCGUCCUUCUGCAACCGCAAGCUCAUUGGCGCUCGCUUCUAUAUCAAAGGGCACCGUGCAUCUUCAUCACCGCUGGUCUCGCCAUCUGUCAUGGAGUAUGUGUCCCCACGCGAUGCGCAUGGUCAUGGGACUCACACAUCAUCAACUGCAGCUGGGAGUUCUGUCCCUGCAGCUAGCGUGCUUGGAAUCGGCGAGGGUGAGGCACGGGGGAUGGCGCCUGGGGCCCACAUCGCCAUCUACAAGGUUUGCUGGUUCAAUGGUUGCUACAGCUCCGAUAUCCUGGCUGGAAUGGAUGAUGCCAUCAGAGAUGGAGUUGAUGUCCUCUCCCUCUCCUUGGGUGGAUUCCCAAUCCCGCUUUAUGAGGACAGCAUUGCCAUAGGCGGUUUUAGGGCAAUUGAGAAGGGUAUCUCGGUAAUUUGUGCUGCCGGAAAUAAUGGUCCAAUUCUGAACUCCGUCGCCAAUGAGGCUCCUUGGAUAACCACCGUUGGUGCCAGCACACUCAAUAGGAGAUUUCCCGCCAUUGUACGGUUGGGGGAUGGCCAAACUCUGUAUGGAGAAUCCAUGUAUCCAGGUAACCGGCAUCCAAACAUCGGCCAAAGGCUCAAGCUAGUCUACGGUGGGAAGAACGGUGCAGAAUUUUGCUUCAAAGGCUCUCUUUCAAAAGCUAGAGUUAGCGGGAAAAUGGUGGUCUGUGAUCGAGGCGCAACUGGAAGGUCUAUGAAGGGCCAGGUCGUUAAAGAAUCCGGUGGGGCUGCAUUGAUACUAGCGAACACGGAGAUCGAACAGGAAGAGGAUUCUGUCGACGUCCAUGUCUUGCCUGCAACACUCAUCAGCUAUGCAGAGUCCAUUCGCCUGAAGAAAUACUUAAACUCCACAACAAGACCCACAGCCCGAAUUGAAUUUGGAGGGAUGGUUAUUGGUAAAUCUAGAGCACCGUCAAUCGCCCUGUUCUCAUCAAGAGGGCCGAGCUUAGCCAAUCCUUCGAUCCUCAAACCAGAUGUUAUUGCCCCGGGGGUGAACAUUAUUGCUGCCUGGCCCACAAAUCUGGGACCCACGGGGCUUCAAGAAGAUUCUAGAAGAGUAAACUUCACCGUCAUGUCAGGUACUUCAAUGGCUUGCCCACAUGUCAGUGGAAUUGCUGCUCUAGUACACUCGAUCCACCCAUCAUGGAGCCCUGCUGCAAUUAAAUCUGCAAUCAUGACAACUGCUGAUGUUUCAGACCACUUGGGCAAGCCAAUAAUGGACGGGUCAAAACCCGCGGGACCCUUUGCACUUGGUGCUGGACAUGUGAACCCAAUGAAAGCGAUUGAUCCAGGGUUGGUCUACGACAUCAAGCCAGAUGAGUACAUCACCCAUCUUUGCACCCUUGGCUACACAAGGUCAGAGAUCUUCACCAUCACUCACAGGUCUGUGAAUUGCCGCAAAAUCAUGUUAAGGAGCAGAGAUUUCAGCCUCAACUACCCCUCCCUGUCAGUGAUUUUCAAGCAUGGGAGAACAAGGAAGAUGAUCAAGAGGCGAUUGACAAAUGUGGGCCUGCCUAACUCUUCGUACUCAGUGGACAUGGUAGCGCCGCAAGGAGUGAAAGUGAGAGUUAGACCAGAAAGCUUAAAAUUCAGUCACUUGUAUGAAAGCAAGUACUAUAGAAUUUGGUUCAUUUCUAGAAAGAGACUAUCUAGAAAAGAGAAGCCAAGCUAUGCCCAAGGGCAUCUGACAUGGGCGCAUAAUCACCAAAGCCAUUAUAAGGUGAGGAGUCCAAUUUCUGUGACUUGGGCAAGAUAGGAAAGUAGCAGAAAACAUUUCUGCAGUAUAGUUCAUGUUGUUACUCUUCUAGUCGAAUACAACCAGGAAUGUUGAAGGAGCUUCUUUAUUUUUCGAUAAAGACGGUACUGGAUUUGUAUCUAAGUUGUUCAAAAUGUAUGGUCAUUAGAUAUGACUGCAGAUACAUUUUCUUUUAUAUACAACAAUAAUAAUAAUAAUAAUUUAAUCUCAGAUUGCAUCCAAAUUCGCCUCAGUACACCAUAGUUUAAGAACCCGAAAAUUCAACUCGACUCGAUGUUCAUUCAGGCGAGUUGACCCGAAGGACCCAACUCCACUCCGUAGUUAAUAACAAUAAACUUAAAAAAGCAGGAAGGAGUAUUUAAAUUAGUUACC